AGGAAAAUCUCAAUCUUGACUUGUUAGAAGCUUAUAAACAAAUAAAAAUAAUUUUAAAAUGCCUAACUGGAAUCAAAUACAGUCCCAACUGAGAAGCUCCAACAAUCCCGUCGUUUUCUUCGACAUUGCUGUAGGCACAACGGAAAUCGGACGAAUGAUAUUCGAACUCUUUGCGGACACUGUGCCCCGAACGGCGGAAAACUUCCGGCAGUUCUGCACGGGCGAGUACAGACCGGAUGGCGUUCCCAUUGGCUACAAAGGCGCCAGUUUCCAUCGGGUGAUCAAGGACUUCAUGAUCCAGGGCGGCGACUUUGUGCAGGGCGACGGCACCGGCGUUACCAGCAUAUACGGCAACACCUUCGGCGACGAGAACUUCACCCUGAAGCACGACUCGCCCGGCCUCCUUUCCAUGGCAAACAGUGGCAAGGAGACGAACGGAUGCCAAUUCUUUAUCACCUGCGCUAAGUGCAACUUUUUAGACGGCAAGCACGUGGUGUUCGGUCGGGUUCUGGAUGGACUGCUUAUUAUGCGGAAGAUCGAGAACGUGCCCACGGGCCCCAAUAACAAGCCGAAGCUCCCAGUGACCAUUUCGCAAUGCGGGCAAAUGUAGCGCGGAGUUCUAAAUGUUGUAAUAAAGUCUCUAUUAUGUCUUUUUAAACGAA